AUGUCUCUAUCAGACUCCGACGGUGAUACCGUUGUGGUUCGUUCAGGAGAUAUUCGAGACUUCAACUCAGAUAACAUUCUCCCACUACCUGCAAAAGAUCUCGCUGAAAUCACAAAAUGGCUUCAGCCAACUCCGUACGACUUCGAAAGAAGCGAAUAUUCUAGACAUCGCGCCUCACACCUACUUGGAACUGGUGCUUGGCUCACAUCGACCCCAGUCUAUCAGCAAUGGCACUCUGGCGACAACGGGUUGCUGUGGAUCAAAGGCAUACCCGGCUCCGGAAAGUCAGUCAUGGCUGCUUCGAUAAUCAAACAGCUAGUACAUGAUAUGCAUGUUCCAGUAAUCUAUUUCUUCUUCCGACAGAUCAUUGAAGCUAAUCACAAGCCCAUCGUUGCGUUACGAGACUGGCUGUGUCAAAUUCUGGACUACAGUCCUCCGUUACAAGUAAAACUUGACCAAUAUGUCAAAGACAAACGGUCUCUUGACGACUUGUCACCGAUGGAUCUGUGGGAUGACCUCAAGAUGGCAUUGAGCGGACUACCCAGUGUCUAUUGUGUGACAGAUGCUUUGGAUGAGAUGGACCUAGGGAAUGACGACUUUCUCCAUGGAUUGGUUGAUCUCGGCCGUUGGCGUCCAAAGAAAAUCAAGGUUUUGAUGACCUCGCGCCCAAUCGCCCGAUUGGAAACGUCCUUGAGAUCAUCCAUGAUUUCUAUUCCUCAAAUCCGGCUGGAGGAACGAAUGGUAGACCUCGACAUUGGAGCAUAUGUCCAGUAUAGGCUUCGCAGAUCUUCCAUCGCCAAAGAACACUGCAGCGUUAUUGAAGAAGCAAUUCCCGGUCGAGCAAACGGGAUGUUUCUAUACGCAAAAAUGUCCAUGGAUGCCUUCCUUGAACCUGGUGCGGAUGUACAAGAGGUUCUGAAAGCACUGCCAAUGGAUCUCAACACCAUGUAUAAUGAGCUACUGCAAGAACAUUCUCGACGAUCAAAUGUGCCAUUUGAACUCCAACAGCUUAUUCUUCAAUUUGCCACACAUGCGACACGUCCAUUGCGACUUCUUGAGAUUGCUGAAAUGAUCAAUACACGAAACCCAGACAGCAAUCGAACCCUGAAGGAAACCAAAGACCUGGUCAGAGCUGCUUGUGGGCCUCUUUUGGAGAUCCUGUCAGAUGAGACUGUGUCGGUGAUUCAUCACUCAUUUACCGAAUUUCUCAAGGGGUAUACAAGAUCAAAAUCCUCAGACAGCUCCGAGUAUCCAAUUCUUGAAGCUGGUCCAAUCAAUUCACAACUUGCUUCUGCAUGUUUGUUGUAUCUGCGAGCAGGAUGUCUCGACAGGUUAGAGGAGGUGACAAAUCGUACCCCAGGCGAGAGCAAUAGCCGAUUCAACAAUGGAAAGCAGGAAAAAAAGCGUGAAUUUCGAUUACAGUUUCCAUUCCUAGAGUACGCAGCGAAUAACUGGUGCACGCACGCCCAUCGCGCAGAGACAUCGGGCGAGAACAUGCAAAACUUCCACGAUGAUCUUGAUGUCUUCUUUGCUGAAACAGACAGAUACGAGGCUUGGCUGGAUUUUACCUGCCAAAACUCAAAGAUCGAGAAAUUAACAUCGAUUAGAAUCGCUGCUCGAACUGGUCUACCUCAAUUUGCAAAGCACCUCUUAUCCAAAGAAGACUUCAUGGACAAGAACUGCCGUGAGCUACCCAUAUCCAUAGCAGCGUCAAAUGGCCAUGCAGAUGUUGUCCAGGUAUUGAUUGACCAUGGAGCCGACCCCAAUACUGAAGGAAAAGAAGGGCUCAAGCCACUGCACCUAGCCGCGAAAUCGAACCAUGUGGAGACUGUUAAAGUCUUACUCGCUGCUGGAGUUGACCCUUUGACGCCGAAGACAAAGGAAAACAAAUCUCAAGGCGCAGAGCGCCGUUUCCAUCCUCGUGAGCGCAAGAAAACCAUAGGAGAAACACCUUUAAUGUAUGCGUGCUAUGCUGGUCAUCUAGAGACAGUCGCCGAAUUUGUUCCACUGUUACAGAAUGUCGAAGAUCUGCACAAUGCGCUCCAUUGGGCAGCCGAGAAAGCUCGCUCAAACAUUGUGGACCUAAUACUACAACAACCUGGAAUUGAUGUCAAUGUUAAGUUGGAGGGUGACACAGCACUAUUUCUCGCCUGUAAGAUGAAAGAAAUCAAGACAAUCGAACUGCUGGUCAGGGCUGGCGCCGACGCAAACGUGCGAUGCGGGAACCCAGACCUCCACCACGGCUAUUUAUCCAGAACUUUCUUUCUCAAAUCCACUAUAUUUGGGAAGAAAUCCGAUUCCGAGCCUGGAAGCUGGGGAUGCACAGCGCUUCAUGCUCUGUGUAGAGGGCCUGGUAGUGGUGGAUAUGACUGUAAGCAUCUCGCAGAAUGUGUGAAGCUUCUCCUUGAAGCUGGGGUGGAUGUCAAUGCACAAGCACCCGGCGGCUCGACGGCUCUGCACUACGCCAUCGAGUGGUCUGUCGAACUUAUCAAGCCUUUGCUAGAGGCGGGUGCGGAUCCUACUGCAGAGGACGAUGCAGGAGAGACACCCCUCCAUUCCUCCAAGUCGAUCAAAGAUGAAGCCUUAUCACUCCUCAUAUCGAGUGGGAAAGUAGACAUCAACAAGCCCAGAAAGAAGGAUGGAAAGACUCCUUUGCUUUGUCGAAUUGCAGACUGCAACUUCGAUAACGAAAGCAUUAUCAAGUUUUUGAAAUAUAAGCCCGAUAUAAAUGCAACCGAUUCCAAAGGCCAUGGAGUCUUGCAUCUGGUCUUCAUGGGUCCGAGUCGCCUGAUCAAAUGCGAUAUGAUUGACGCGCUUCUGUCUGCAGGUGCAGAUCCGAAUCUAAAGGACGAAGAGGGAAACACUCCACUGCAUGUAAUGUCGCAGAACACUGAAGAGAACAUCAUCAAAAGCCUUGUCUUAGCCGGGGCCGAUCUAGAAGCGCAGAACCGUAAGGGCGAGUCGGUUCUUUUUCGUCACUUGUCAUCAUGCCGGAUAAUCCCUGGAAAUAAUACUUCAUCAAUGCUGGAUCGUCUUGUCAGCUUGGGUGCCCGGCUUGAUACACGUAACCACCGCGGCCAAACUUUGUGGCACCGUGCAAUUGAGAAUCCUGAAAUCUUAUCUUGUCUACAAAGCUUGGAUCUUGAUCCUUUGGUAUCGGAUUAUGAUGGUAACACACCGCUCCAUGCACUUAUUGCUAAUACAUCAACCCGAUAUCCAACCAGAGACAAGAAAAACUUGCUGCAACGGUUGAUAAAAAUCGGCAUGAACAUCAACCAACGUAAUCACCAAGGCCGAACUGUUCUGCAUACUGCCUGUUCGAGAGACAACUCCUCAAAGGAAACCUACGAACCCCUUGAUUAUAUCCUUAGAGUCAGUGAAUCUUCGGCUCCUAUUGAUCACGAGGGCAUACAGCCACUGCAUAUUGCUGCUACAAUCUCAGAAGUAUUUGUUCACAAGCUUCUAAAUGCUGGCGCCGAUAUUCGAGCACGUACUCAUGAUAAGAUGACCGUCCUUCAUCUUGCGGCGCAAGCACGACAGUCCGGUAUUGUCGACAUGAUAAUAUCUCAAGCCACAUCUUUAGAAGAUGAAAGUCGCUUGGAAUUCAUGAACAGUCAAGAUGCAGAUGGUCGGACUGCCCUUCACUAUGCAUGCCGCUCUGGCCGACCCGAGACCGUAAAAUCCUUGAUUGAGGCGGGUGUGGAUGUCAAGAUUCUUGAUACUUCCAAGCACUCGGCUCUUGCAAUAUGUGCGGAGUAUGAAAAGGAAGCCUUGCGUUGGGAUCUCCGAAUGCCACUAGUGAUCAGAGGAAAUAGAGGCCUCAAUGCAGCAGGUCUCACGCUGAGGGAUGAGACACGUCCAUUCCUUGAUCGAGUUCACGAUGAUAUCAAGCCCACCUUUGGAAUGAUCAACUCAGAGCAUGACACAACACGUUUGGCUGAGAUUAUAGAACUCCUUUUUAAACAUGGUCUUGAUCUUGAGAGCGAUAUCAUGUCUCUAAGGUCUGCUUGGGAAAUUGCUGCGCAACCUGAAUAUGGGUAUACGAUUUCUUGUCUCCCUCCCAAGCCAACACCAUUGACAUUGACUUAUGUUAUUGGGGGUGACAAGUGCAUUGGGGAUUACAGGUCUAUUCUCGACGACAUUGAUCAAGAUAUGAGAAUAUCCUUGGCGAUGAAUUCUCGUAAAGCAAUGGAAGAAACCAUUGAAAAGAGUAAGCCCCAAGAUGAAGAUGAAAAGAACAAAGCUCAGUUAAAAAUACACGCUGCAUCCAUACAAGAAAGACCACUUGGAAAUGCUUUGGCCUUGAGAUACUAUGAUUUGUUCGAAAGAAUCUCAAAAGAAAGAAGUCUCCUGGUCAACCCUGAUGACAAGGUAUCCAUACCGCUGAAUAUGCUUGCUCGAUGGGGAUUUUCUGAGCUUCUCAGCAGAGUGUGUACUCGUGAGAUGGCAACCAAGCUUGAUAUCGUUUACUUGGACCCUAGCCCUGAGAAAAAGAGCAAUCCGAGAACCCAUAAGCCUCUGAUCCUGUCUGCCUGCGAAAGAGACCUUCCCAAUAUGGAGACUUUGAAGCUGAUCGUUGAAAAUUUUGGGGUCAACAUCAAUGCCAAAUGCACGGAGCGCAUAUAUCGUGACCGAGGACAUAGUGUAGAAUUUACGAGAGGGGCAUUGCAUGAUCUUGCGACUGGAAAGCUCUGGUGGCAUGUGAACAAAGCGUUACCAUAUUUGAUUCAAAUGGGCGCUGAUAUGGAUAUUCGGAAUAUAGAGGGGCAGACACCUCUUUUUGUUUCCCUCAAUUCCAAUAAUCCAUUCUCCAAGGAAGCUGCUAUCAUUCUGAUCAAAGCUGGUGCGGAUGUCAAUGCAGUUAGUACCAAUGACAUUGGGUGUCUUCAAUCGGCUGGCAACGAUCCGGAUAUGAUCAGAUUGUUGAUUUCACAUGGCGCCAAAGCCAAUAAAAAGGCUGUACUCUCUGCUCUUGAUCAUGGGAGGGUCGAAAUUCUUGAAGCUUUAUUAUCUCAUGGUGGAAAUGAGAUUGUGAGCCAACUACUCCCAGCGGAACUUUUUUACGGGAUUAAAUCGGCUUACUUCAAAGUCGUUGAUGGAGCCUUGCCACUGCUAUACGCAGCUAUACGCGGGACUCUCAAAACACCUUCACUAUCACUGGAUACAAUUUUUUCAAUUAGAAAACGAUUGCUAGAGGUUCUCCUAAAAGACAGAGCAUGUGAUCCAUAUGCUACCUUCUCCAAGCAGGAAUUCCAGCCAAAAGAUCGCGAUGGCUCAAUCAUUGGAGAACCCAAAGACUUCCCAGUUGUAACUGCAACUGUUCUUCAUGAAAUCCUCAGUGCUAAUGAAGUCUUUGAGCCAUUCUUCAAUCUACCAUCUUUGGAUCUCGAGUACCGUGACGAGAAUGAUUGCACGCUGCUCUUAGCUGCAUCCAAGAGUCUCGGUCGAAAGUCCUACUCACACAAAAAGCCAAAUUCCAUGAACUAUUUUCAAGAACUCAUCAAUCGUGGAGCCAACGCUCUAGCCCAGGACAUUGAGGGGAAAACAUUUUUGCAUCAUGUUGGGCCUCAUACCGAGAAAGCUGAUCUCGACAUGCUUCAGACCACCGUGAAGGCCAACCCGAGCCUUGUAAACAUAACCGACAACGCCAAUGAGACGGCUCUUCAUCAUGCCCUUCGUGAAAAUUGUUUUGCACUGGUUGAAAUUCUUCUAGACCAUGGAGCAAACCCUCUCCAACCAGACAAGCACGGACAAACAGGCCUCCACCGCAUUGCCAGAUUCGAGCACGAAUGGAAAGGAGAGCUCUUUCAAAGGUUCCUCCAAGCAGGCGUUGACAUUAACUCCCGCAACAACAAAGGAGAAACCCCCCCUCUUCCAACUCAUGAGUACAGGAAACAACUCUAUAUGCUCCUUAGAAGAAAGUGA